AGAAUAUCUUCUCAACAGUAAGCUUUUUAGCCUUGAACCACCACAAACUGCCUUUUCUCUUGACAUUCAACCCAUUAGUUAUCCUGACAAAUGCGAAUUAAAACAAUUACAUUCGGUUUCUAGACAUGGAUCAAGAUAUCCAGAUCCGGAAAGUAUAUUAGCUUUUGACGAAUUGGAAAAAAUAUUUGCUAAUGUUUCUGUUGCAAAAGAAUGGUAUAAAAAUCCUUUCCCCAUGAGAAAAAAUAGUCUAUUGACCAAACGAGGGGAAAUCGAACCUUAUUUUGAUGGUUUACAAUCUCGUAAGCGAUACGCAAAAUUUUGGGAUGGAAUUGAAUAUGAUCCCGAAGUUAUAAAAUUUCAAAGCACUCAAAUUUCAAGAACCGGUGCGUCGAUGAUGUCUUUUUCUCAAGGAUUAUUUAAUGGCAAGG